GUAGCUGAACACUUAUAUGCACUAUUUUCUCUAAGUAGCGCAAAGUCCGAACCAAAGAAUGCUGAUCGCUUGAAUCUAGAUUGUACACAGACGUAUGGUUCGCAUUUCAAUUGAUGCAGCUUUGACAAGUCGGUGAUCCAAACGACAAAUUCUAAAAAGACGACGUUUGAAGCAUUAUAUGCAAGGAAGAUAUUCGGAGGCAGCGUCACAUGGUUUUCAAUAUUAUCUUCUAAUAUGGACGACAGUGAAGCUGUUCAAACAAUUUAUGGACGGUGUGACGGGCCGUUGUACAAUAUUUUACAGCUCGCACACCAAGAUUUGCCCAGAAGUUAGGAUCUUAUACCCCUAUUUUCCCUACUUGGCAACGGUGAUACACCAAACACAAUGCUAUGCAGCUUCUGAAGCAUCUGGGACCAUUUGAUGCCAUUUUUAAAUCACCAUAUUUGCGACAAUCUUGCAGUUUGAUGAUGUUCGUCCCGUUACAGGCAUGAUAAUCUCUAUAAGCCCUAGCGUCCCGUAUUCAGAUCAAGCUCAACACAUCCAAUCACACCCAGCAAUUAUCCUGCAAAGAUAAGCCUUAAAUUUUCGAGAUAACUGUGCCUUCCAGCUAAGAAUUAUUGACGUCUUCUCUCUCGUCGAGCUAUCUUUAUACGACUUUCGUACUCAUCCUAUUAUCUAUGAUGUAGGAUAUCACUCGAAAAAUGUCCGAUUAUACUUGCACGACCCUUAAGCCGCAGGCGACUAAUUGAGAGAUCCAACAGUUGCUCUCCUGAUCACUCGAAACAACUCAGCCUCAUUGAUUCCCUCCGAGGAGGUAUCCGCCGACCGAUCAGCGAUAUUCUUAGUACAGGUCGUCGAAGCUUCCCAGAUCAUAUAAGCAUCGAAUUCAGGAAUACAUCAAGAUGAAUAGUUUCAGGAUGAACGAUAUUGAAAAAGGUUCGCCCUAUCCUGAUAAGGAUCAAUCUACAACUCCGGAUUACAGUAGCGGUCGCGGAGAACCAAGUUACGAAGAAAUAACGCACAUAAAACAUGGUGUUGGACGUCGCUUUGUGGACAGCUUCAGAAGAGAUCCAAGUCUCACAAUGACGCCGCCCGGUGUCGUUGGCGCAAAUGGAAGAGUGUUUCACGCCAAGAUCGCGGCGGCAGCAACGGCAAACUCUCCCCUUGCGAGAAGAUUGAAAGGGAGGCAUCUGCAAAUGAUUGCAAUUGGAGGCUCAAUAGGUUAGUUACUUGACAUGAAGCUGGAUGAACAAUUACUAAGUCGUCUUCGUGGACAGGUACCGGACUUUUUGUUGCAUCCGGCAAAUCUCUUGCAACUGGUGGGCCUGCAUCUCUUAUUAUAUGCUUUACACUCAUUGGACUUAUGUUAUAUUGUACGGUGCAUGCUUUGGGUGAAAUGGCUGUUCUUUUCCCCGUUUCGGGGUCGUUUUCGGCAUACUCGACACGAUUUUUGGAUCCGGCUGUAAGUUGUGUCACCACUGUUUAAAUGGGUAACUUUCAUUAACAUUUUAACUAGUGGGGUUUUGCCAUGGGCUGGGUAUGAGGCAUUCUAGUUAAUGUGGUGGUUGGCAUGGGAAACUAACUCAUAUCAAAUAGAAUUAUGCUAUGCAAUGGCUUGUUGUUCUUCCAUUGGAGAUUAUUGCGGCAUCUAUCACAAUCGAUUUUUGGGACACGACGCAGCGAUAUAACCACGCUAUAUUUGUCACGGUUUUCCUCUUCACAAUCAUCGGCAUAAACAUGUUCGGGGUGAAAGGUUACGGAGAAGCAGAAUUUUUCUUUGCUAUUGUCAAGGUCGUAGCUAUUAUUGGAUACAUGUACGUUUAUUGUCUAUUCGCAUCCCCCGCUAGUUCAGGAAUACUUGGGACAUUUCCCCCUCUUAAUUUUCAGAUCAGGAGCUAUGUUGCAAUCCAAAAUGAAAAGCUGACGCAUUUAUAGUCUUUUAGCCAUAACCCUCAACUGUGGUGGUAGCCUUGAAGAAGGUUACGUAGCUGGUCAAUUGUGGCAUAAUCCAGGCGCUUUCAAUAAUGGCUUCAAAGGCCUUUGUAGUGUUUUUGUUACAGCGGCUUUCGCUUUUGCUGGCACUGAAUUGGUUGGCCUCGCUGCCGCCGAAACACAGAACCCUAGAAAGUCACUGCCAACGGCCGUGAAACAAGUAUUCUGGCGUAUCACUCUAUUCUAUAUCGUCUCGCUUACACUCGUUGGACUACUCGUUCCUUAUACCGACGAAAGACUCCUCACUGCUGGUAGUGCGAAUGCUGCCGCAAGUCCCUUUGUUAUUUCUAUUCAGAAUGCCGGAAUAACGGUACUCCCUUCUAUUAUGAACGCGGUUAUUUUAAUCGCUGUAUUAUCCGUCGGCAAUUCCUCAAUAUUUGGGUCCUCCCGGACUCUUGCAGCAUUAGCAGACCAGGGACAAGCCCCAAAGAUUUUAGCUUAUGUCGAUCGUAAAGGACGUCCUAUUGUAUCUAUUUGCGUAUCUUCGGCGCUUGGGUUUCUCGCAUAUGCAGCGGAUUCUGGUGCGCAAGGAACUGUUCUAGAUUGGAUGCUAGCACUGUCUGGACUCUCUUCGAUCUUUACUUGGGGAUCUAUCUGUCUCGCCCACAUCCGUUUUCGACGAGCUUGGAGACUUCAAGGUCAUAGUCUAGACGAAUUGGCAUUUCGUUCUCAGCCAGGUGUCAUAGGCUCCUGGAUUGGAUUUGUAUUUAAUGUUCUUAUUCUCAUUGCACAAUUCUGGACGGGUGCAUGGCCUACAGGCUACGAGGCAAUGACGGGACUUCAGCAGUGUCGAAGCUUUUUCAUAGCUUACUUAGCGGCACCCAUCGUAAUUGUUUUCUAUGUUGGAUAUAAGGUUUGGUACAGAACUUCUAUCAUGAGGUCCGUGGAUAUGGAUUUAAAGACUGGAAUGCGUGGUUUAGAUUUACCAGCGCUGAUAGCAGAAGAGCGAGCCGAAAAAGCAGCAUGGCCAAAGUGGAAACGAGUAUACAAAACAGUCUGUUAGUUUAACUACUAGGCGUUUAUGUAAUGGGGGUGGGUUUGGAGUUUUCAUUGUAGGGAAUUUCAUGAGCGGGAGAUACCAUAUGAUUUUGGCGUUAAACAAAGUAUUGCGAGGGAGGAUAUCCAUGGCAUGGGGUUUUGCUGGGAACAUGUUCUUAUAUUUCAACGAGACUGGUAUUCAGUCUUUAGAUAAAUUACAUAAUAUAACUAACUCUCUUAAGAUUUCU